AUGGCCCCUUAUGACCGUUUUCGCCCUCCGCCAUUUUCCUGUUGUUUCCUCCAUCUCUUCUAUUUAUGUUUUUGGAACAUCGGUUUUGAUUGUUUGGAUAGACUGUUUCUGUUUUUCUGUGUUGAGACGAUCGGUAUUGUUCGAGUCCAUUCCCCGUCGUCCUUCCUUAUCUCGCCCACGCCUCAUCAUAUCCGACAUAAGUGUAACAAUGCCUCCCCCGUUAUUAUACUAUGUGGAUUAUGCAGCCGCUGCUAUCCUCCCUCAACAUUGCGAGCCGUCCUCGUCUUUCCUCGCCGUCGUUUCCUCCUACCUCCACAUAUGCAUCCCGACACCUCUCGCCCUUGUCUCCUCCGUCCUUGGAACAUGCAGCAUUGUCUCGUGGCUCUUCGCCCAACUCCCUCAGAUAUACAAGAACUACCAAAUAAAAUCGACAUCAGGGUUAUCGAUAUACUUCCUAAUCGAAUGGUGUCUGGGUGAUGCGAGCAAUCUCGUGGGCGCGCUGCUCACACGACAAGCCGGUUGGCAGGUCGUGGUUGCGGGUUACUAUGUCCUGGUCGAUCUUACCCUUGUUUUCCAGUUCUUCUGGUAUACAUACCAUCACCACCAACAGGUUCUAUACGAGAGUGUAGCCUAUCCUCGCCACGACGGCGGUGCAGGAGGCGCUUUGGAUGGAACUUCGGUGUUUGAGGAUAAUUCGGUCCGUCAUUCGGUGGCCCGGGAGGCUAGUACGAAGAGGUCAGAUACCAAGGGUGCAAACUACUCUGUUGAGGGGGUAUCUCCCUCUUCUUCAUCGAACGACCACCAAACUUCAUCCUAUUCCAAUGAGAAACGCCGUCUCGUUAAAGCGGGAAACGGAUCUCCUCCUGGUUUCGUAUCUCCCCGUACCCUCCUCAUGACCUCAAUGCUCUGUGCAGUCGUCGCAAACGCCUCUCCCACCGAAACCACCCCCGAAAUACCAGUUACUCAUAAAGACUCCCUGGAAAUCAUCGGCCAGGUGAUCUCCUGGAUGUCCACCCUCCUCUACCUCGGCUCCCGCCCUCCGCAACUCUACAAGAACUACUGCCGCAAGAGCACCGCCGGACUCUCCCCUCUGCUCUUCAUGGCCGCCUUUGGCGGUAACCUCUUCUACUCCGCAUCCCUCCUAACAAACCCUUACGCCUGGAAUGAUUUCCCUGCCUACGGAGGCGGCGGCUGGGCCGAUGCGGAUGGAAGCAACCGCCUUGACUGGAUCAGCCGCUCGACACCGUUCUUCCUUGGUGCUUUUGGUGUACUCUUUUUCGACGGUUUCAUGGGAGUCCAGUUUCUCAUGUAUGGAUCCAAAGAUGAUGAAUCAGUGGUGGUAGUUGACGGUGAAGAAGACGACGACCCGAAGGACGGCCGUAGUGCUCGCUGGACUCGAGUCCGGGGCUGGAUGAGAGGCUGGAUUCCCUCUAUUUCUCCGGUCCGUCGACAGCAACAGCACGCUCAGGAGAGUCGGGCUUUGUUGGGUGAGGAGUCGGAGAGGUAUGGCGCUGUCUAGAUCUCUUUUUGACGAUUCAAUGAUCUCUUUCCGUUUUGUUUCUGCUUUGCUUUUUUCUUGAAUUAUUCUCAGCAUAACCUAUGACAUGCAUAACGUGGUACCUAUAUUUAUUUUUUUGCCCUUUCUGUUUUGGUUUUUGUUCUGUUCUGUUGUUAUAGUCCUUAUCGUUGGAAAUCUGGACAUGGGAUUUGGUUUGGGAUAGAUAGACAUACUCAUACUGCAUACCUUUCUCUAUUGGCGUUCUUGUGUUACUACUUACUACCAUCACACUACCCAGCAUCUGCGAAUACAUCAAUCAAUCAGCUUAACACCUCUCCAUUUUCAAGUCAAU